AUGGCGUCGCAAGCAGAGCCUUCGCCUGAAACCAGGCAAGAAAACUUCGAGCAAUCCGUCGCCCUCUCGCUCCACCUCUGGCCCGCCCUGACGCUCGCCGUGCAGAACAACUGGAGCGACAACUCGGGCGAGGAUGUGCGCGACUGGUUCGCCGGCGCCGUCGUCGAGCUGUUCCCCUCCUUCGUCGACCUGGCCAAGUUCUCCGCCCACCUCGCCCAGAACAAGGGCGCCAAGCGGCCCGCCGAGCUCGACGAGCCCUACCUCGAGGACGUCGAGUCCAGGCUCCUGCAGAUCAUGGCCGACGAGUUCAACGUCGACGUCGACGACGACUCCAGCUUCGAGGUGGCCGAGCAGAUUGUCAAGCUGCGGGCCAGCUGCAUGAAGGGCCAGUUCGAGGACGUGGACAAGCUGAGAGAAAAGUGGGCGAGCGGCAAGGGCAAGAAGGUCGUCAUGAAGCAGGCGCCCGACCAGGACCAAGACACAGACUGGGAGGAUGACGACGAUGACGAGGAGGAUGAUGAUGACGAUGUUGAGAUGAACGAGGCCCCAGCUUUGGUCUCGGCCCCCAAGGAAAAGCCGCAGCCUGAGGUCGACGAGGAUGGGUUUACCACAGUGUCGCGAAAGAAGAGGUGA